GCGGUGUGUUGUGGGCCCCGGAUGUACUGAUUGUGAGCUCGCUCCGUGUCGUAAUCGGUCGGGGGGUGGGGGGGGAGGAGGCGGAAGGCUGCCGUCGCCGCCGCCGUCGUCGUGAUGGAAACACCCGAGGAGGUCACGCAUUUUUUCGGAAGGCGAGCGAGGAGGACAGACGUGUGAGGAGCGGACAGCAGUUCCAGGGCGGCGGAUACUGGACAUCAGAGGUUUGGACGGUGGCCGAAGGCUCAGAAGGUCAUUGUGGAUGGAACCGGAGGCAUGAGCUCCAACGUAUUAAAAUAUUAUAAAUAAAUGAUGACCAUAGUUGAUAAAGUGACAGAGGCCUCAAACACUGCAGCUUGCAAGAACCAGACCUGCAGCUCUGUGGCACCUUUCUCUGGAAUUGCCCAAGAGAAGAACAUGGAGCCAGGAACAGCAAGUUGGGGUGCCACAUCUCCUAUUACAGAGGUACCGAAGAACAAAAUGUUGGGACCUAUGCCUGGAGCUGCUCUAUAUACCAAUACAAUGUCUCUACAGGAGAAACCAAAGCAACCAGUACAAAAAGAUCAAAAUGUGCUGGGCAGUGGUGACGGGAUAGCACCUCCACAAAAAAUAUUGUUUCCAGCGGAGAAGAUUUCUUUGAAAUGGCAGCAAAUCCACAAAAUAGGAGCUGGCCUCCAAAACCUGGGCAAUACCUGUUUCCUGAAUUCCGCUCUGCAGUGCUUGACGUACACACCGCCUCUUGCAAACUAUAUGCUAUCCCGAGAACAUUCCAGAACAUGUAAUGAGCAGGGGUUCUGUAUGAUGUGCAUGUUGCAGAACCAUAUCACCCAGGUCUUCUCCAACUCCGGGAACGUCAUCAAGCCCAUGUCUGUCAUCAAUGAUCUUAGACGGAUAGCAAAACAUUUCCGAUUUGGAAACCAGGAAGAUGCUCACGAAUUCCUACGUUACACAGUUGAUGCUCUCCAGAAAGCAUGCCUGAACGGAAGCAACAAGUUGGAUAGACAAACUCAGGCCACCACAAUGAUAUAUCAAAUUUUUGGAGGGUACUUAAGAUCCAGAGUUAAAUGCCUAAACUGCAAAGGAGUUUCUGACACCUAUGACCCAUAUUUGGAUAUUGCUCUAGAAAUAAAGACAGCACCAAACAUCACAAAAGCUCUGGAUCAGUUUGUGAAACCUGAACAGCUAGAUGGAGAAAAUGCAUACAAAUGUACCAAGUGUAAGAAAAUGGUUCCUGCCUCAAAGCGAUUCACCAUCCAUCGAGCUUCAAACGUGCUGACACUCUCCCUAAAGCGCUUUGCUAACUUUACCGGUGGAAAGAUUGCAAAGGAGGUGAGAUAUUCUGAGUAUCUGGAUGUUCGGCCUUAUAUGUCACAGUCAAACGGAGAACCGGUGGUCUAUGCUUUGUAUGCAGUGUUGGUACAUUCAGGAUUCAGCUGUCAUGCUGGACAUUACUACUGUUACAUCAAGGCAAGUAAUGGACAGUGGUACCAGAUGAACGAUUCCCUCGUAUCUGCAAGUGAUAUCCGAUCAGUGCUGAAUCAGCAAGCUUAUGUACUGUUUUAUAUCAGAUCACAUGACACAAAAAAUGGGUCAAAGCAUUCUAAUCACAUGGGCCAGUCUUCUCCGAGGCCACCUGUCAAUCAGCGAUUGGCUACCAACCAGUCUCUUUCUGGUUUCAUUGGAUCACAACUCUCUCCACAAAUGACCAAGAAAUCAAAUCACUUAACAAAUGGAAAUUGCUCCCCGAAGGAUGUUCACAGCAAUGCAACGCCCAGCACAAGUGGAACCAGGACCAUUUCUACGCCCCCUGGACCCUCUCAGAGCCGGUUACUGCCUAGACCAACCACCUUACCCGAAUCUUCCAAGCGGCAGAAGCUUUCAUUUAGUAUACAGCCUUCCAAGCCGGGAUCGAGACAAGCCCAGCCUGCGACCAAGCUCCACAGUAGUCCAUUGGAGAACUUGUACAAAGCUCCAUCCAGUGUUUCCCACACCAAUGUUUCACCGUCUACCUCGGGUACCUCAGCGCCAGCAUCCCCACCCUCCAUUCCAUCUGCGACAACCGUCGCAACCAGUCAACCCAUGGCAUCCAACACUUCCUCUUCUCACUUAAUGGUGAACGGUCAGUCCAAGGGAUCUUCCAACUCUCUCGUUCCAUACAAUGAGGAAUCUUCAGAGGAAUCAGAUGAAGAACCCAAAGGCUCGAUUAAGGAAAAUGGCUAUGCAAAGUCUCUGAAUAGAGCAAUGAAUGGAACUGCACCCAGUGUAUAUCUCAAAAUGAAUUCGGUGCCUGCAGCCACCACCGAUGACUGCCACCCAGAAAAGCUAACUGAGAUGGAUGCAACGAAAACUGAUGCACUUCGAGAUCAUGGCAGGCAUCCGACAUCUGAACCUAUUGUUCCUCAGGAGCAGUCUGUGAACUGUCCUGCAAACGGUUUACCAACAAAGGGAUCACCAGCUCAUGAAGCCCGUCCUUUACUGAAUCCAAACCUAGAACACACAACACAGAACUUAACAAGCAGAAAAAUUGGAUCUGAAGAUGCCAGAGAAAAUGAACAGCACUUGUUUAUCCCGUCGAAGACUGGCUCUGCAAUGAAUCAUGGUGGCGGUGGUGAUGCGGACAUGGUCCAAAGAUACAUGACUGAGAAAGAAGCAAGUUUAAGUUCUCCAUUAAAAGAAGCCACUGAUGGGAUGUCCCCAUUGCCCUCAGUCAACCCGUUGAAAGGCAGUGGUGAUUUUCAGAAAAACAUUGAUGGAUGCGCUGCUGUUAGUGUCAGUUCCAACAUCCAGAGUCCUGUCCACGAUGUGCGACUGCUCCCAGAGGAAACUGAUUCUGAGAAGCACACGGAAGAGAAAGUCAGACCUAGUCAUAGUAGAAAGGAGACUCUGAUGAUGGACCACACCCCCAAUGGCCAUGGAAUUGAGCAUGAUAAGCCAUCUGCUCAAGAUCCAGGCAACAAGCUGCCAGAAAUGGAAAAUCACCAAAUUAAACCACAAACUGUUUACGAUGAUAAGAACAACUUGGAAAGAGAGGGUCAUGCUAUUCAUAAGGAAAAAAUCAGUCAAGAUGAAAUUCCUCUGGCAGGAAGAUUUGAGCAUUCAACUGAGAAGCAUCAAUCUGACAGGGAGACAGAUAAUCAAAAGCAGAAUUGGGCAUUUGAGGAAAGUGAACAACCUACCAACAAAGAUAAGCUUCAAGAACAGCUUACAAAAAAGGAUGUACCCCAAAAGCCAGAGCAGGAAACAAGUAGUUUAGUCAUUGCAUCUGUUAAGGAAACCUCUAAUCAAACUAGGAAUGGCAAUUCAGAACGUGACAUCACUUGCAGGACAGUUUUUUCUCCGAGCAGGGUCACGGCCGGUCUAGAGGAAACGCGGAUUCAGGAGAAAGAAAGUACCAUCACAGCACAUGCAGACGCUCGCAGUAGAGAACAAACCAGUGAAGAGAAAAGUCGAAUGUUGCAAAGGGAUAGUCACAAGAAUGAUUCCAACUAUAGGCACAGAUCUAGGGAACACAAAGGAAGAAGGUUAUCUCAAAAUGAAAAGGAAAUUGAAAAACCAACAAAUUGCAGUUACAGUAAUUGGUCUCACAAAACAGACUAUCAAGAUGGGAGAACUAAUAAAUAUAAAAGAGAUAAUGAGUGUCCUGCAGACAGGCAAAUUUACUGCAAUUCAAAGCCGCUUCCAUUUUACCAUCACCCCUAUCAGGAUAAGUUCUACAGAGAGAGGUACAGCUCGGGCUCUAACGGAAGGUCUUGGAGCGGUCAAUUUGAAUAUAAUGGACUAGAGAGCAAAUCUGGGCACAAACGGAAGCAUUGCAGCAGUGAGUCCGACACCGAGAGGAAAUGGAAAAAGUUCUGUAGGGAUCGGCUGUCUGAGGAAAGGAGAAUGAAAAGACACAAAAAAUCAAAGAAGAAAAAGGCAUCUAAAGAUAAACACAGAGAUAGAAAUCAUAGGCAACAUCUGUUGGAUAUGUCAGAAAUGGAUUCUGGGACUGAUGAAAGGAAACACCGGAAAAAGAAAAAGAAGAAGAAGAAGAAACGACAUCACGAUGACAAAGAUGACCAUUACCAAAAAGACCAUCACCAUUCCAGAAAACACCAUGGUGUGAAAACAGCAAACACUACAGGUGAACAGGAGAGGUUCUGUGAACCAACCCACAGUGGCUUUUCUGAAGAUAAGAUACACAGAUACAAGCAAACAUACGAUGAUCGAUUGCAGCAGAAAGCUAAAGUUGCAUAUAUAGAAAGCAAGCAGAACGGUUCUCACCUCCACACCAGAGAUGAGCUACUAAACGAUCAUAAUGAAGGUAUUAGCAGGCAUCUUCUAGACUGUGGAUCGAUAUAUGACCAUCACAGUGAGUGGUCCAGGAAGAGGUUAGAAAAUGGCAGUGAUUUCUAUAAACAUUCAAAACUGGAGAAAGAACACUUACGAGAGAAGCACUACUCACACAAUUACAAGGAAUGUUGUCCGAUAGAGAGCAGGAGCAACUUUUCUGCUGUUAGUUCUUUUAGGGAUUCGACAAGGCGGAAGGCCGAUGAAAAGCGAUGUGAAGAGCAGAAAGCUCAAUAGAAGUUUCCAGAAGGGAAACUUUAAUACAGAUAUCCACAAAAUGUGACGAAACUUCACAAGAGCUCACACUUUGGGAUCCUGCACGCGGUGCUUUAUUCCUUAAAAUACUGUACAGAACUUUCACAACCAGGCAGAAACACUUUUAGUUUUCUUCUUGGAGAGUUUGUUUUUUUUUGAUUUACGCGUUUAGUGAAAAAUCCAAAAAGGAUUGUUAGUUUCUGUUCCUUGAUGAACACUGUACAAAUACUGUAUAAAUAGCUGUAAUAUAUAAAUGGUAAUUCACCCUGGAAUUUUUUUUAAAAGACUCCAAUGCUGCUCAGCCACAGACUCAGGUUUGAUUACUACUUGUGUGUUAUGUGUAAUUUCUAGCGGUUAACUCUUGGGUGUAACUGGUACCUGAAUAAACGGACCAGGAAAUGGCUACUGGGAAGACAGGAAUAUUGAUAGUGUAGCAGACUGUGAAAUCAGUGGUUUGUUUUAAUAAACCAAGCACUAAAUCUUAUUUUACAAACCCAAAGUUUUUCUUUUUGAAAGCAAAAUCAGUCAAGAGUUAAAAUCAAAACAGUUCAGUCUUAUGACAGGAAUCUCAACGAUGACUUAUUUGAAUUCUGUCUGAAACUAGAAACUAAUUUCUUUAAAUUCAGCAUUAUAUGGUCUAGAAUACAGUUCUUGAUUUUAAAUUUUAAACUCUUUAUUUACUUUUAAAUUCACAGGUUAUAAUUUGUUUAUAAAAGGGCUUUAGAAUGUAAAUUAUUUUAAUGCUACUCUUCUAAUAUACUGCCUUUAAAGAUGUUCCUUGGGCAAAACUGUACUGUUAUGUACAUAUUGUUUAAAAGAAAUGUAAUUUGAUCUAGACCAUUAAUUUUUUUUGCCCUGGUUUGAUGGCAAAAUAAAUUCCCAAUGUGCAUUUACACUGGGCUACAUCUGCGUGCAAUGUAGCAGUUGCCUUUCUAGCAUCUGAGGUGCUUCCAGUACCUUUACCGAUUGUAUGUCACUUCAAAAGUUUCUAGUUGCGGACAGAAUUGAAUCCUAAGAACAUUAAAACUGAGACACACUCAAACUGUGAUACCAGCUAUUUCAACUCUGGGCCUGUAUCAGGAAGGCAAGGUUUAAAAAAAAAACUAAUGUAAUCCGUGUGGUUAUGGGAAACUGUGUGCGUAUGUGUGGUUCAGAGCCGUACUGAAGUGUGUUUAAUUGAGUUGGUUGAGAGGUGUUUGGGAUGGAACAGCCAUCUGCCCAUAUUGUACUGUAGCAUGUGAAAUUUGUAGAAUGUACGAACAUGAAGUAAAGCUGAACAAAAUGUAUAUAACGCAAUGUGUUAACGCUUUUCCUUUCACAGUGCACAGCCAUCAUUCACAUCUAAGCUUGAUAACAAACAGACAUAUCCUCGUUAAGACCAUAAGACAAAGUAAUAGAAUUAGGCCAUUCAGCCAAUUGAGUCUGCUCGACCAUUCCACCAUGGCUGAUUGAUUUUUCCCUCUCAACCUUAUUCUUCUGCCUUUACACUGAAACCUUUGACACACUGACUAAUCAUGAGAUAUCAUUCUCCACCUUAAAUAUACUGAAUGAACUUGGCUUUCACAGCUGUCCGUGGCAAUGAAUUCUACAGAUUCACCAUCCGAUGGCUAAAUAAAUUUUUCUUCAUCUCUGUUCUAAAUGGACGUCCCUCAAUUCUGUGACUGUGCCCUCUAGUUCUACACUCUCCCAAUAUAGGAAACAUCCUCUGCACAUCCACUUUAU